AUGGGCAUUGUAGCGUCGAUAUGGAACAAAAUCACUAGUACGAAAGCCUUAGAACAGUCCAGUGGAAAGUUCGAGACCAUCUUCUUCGAAUCAGUUUAUCGUGUUACAUACAUUGGAGGAUGGUCUGUCCACGACCACGACAUAGGUUACCGAAUCUACAGCGGCAUUAUCAAGUUGACCACAGCUCUGCUCAUCAUGAGCGAGAUCUGGUACCUCUUCAGUGAGUCGAAUAAUUUGGACUCUAUCAUUGACAAUGUGAACGCUACCCUCAUACAUCUCAUAGCUUUGUACAGGUACAGAAACAUGAUAAAAAAUAAAGCAAUUUACAAAAAUCUAUCAACGUCGAUGGAGUCGGAAUACUUUGACCCCAGCACAAAGCGACGCGAGAGGAUGGUGCAUUUUUGGUCACAGAGGAACGAGAGGUUCCUGAUAUUGUUAUUGUCUCUGGGAUUUGGAGCUUUAAGCGCAUGGCACGUAUACCCCCUAGUAGACGAUGUAGAGUACAACUUGAUGGUGGCGGUUCGGUUCCCGUUCAGCUACGAGACGCCUUUCCGCUACUGCAUCACGUACAUUGUCACCUUCUUCGUGUUCAACUUCACCUCUCUGUUCGUGAUGAUCAAUGACUUGAUCAUGCAGGCCCAUCUGCUACAUUUGCUAUGCCAGUAUACUGUCCUAGCGGAUUGUUUUCGGUAUAUUGUCGAGGACUGCGUAAACGGCGAUGUAAAAGAAAAUUUUAUUGCAAAUGAUUUAUUCAUGACCAAGUAUUUGGAGAGGCUUCACGGUUUGGUGGAACAACACAAAUUUAUUUUAAGAAAUACAAUGGAUUUGAAGAGAUCGCUCAACGCGCCUAUGCUGGGUCAGUUCGCAGCGAGCAGCAUGCUGAUAUGCGGAAUAAGUUUCCAAGCAACUACGACGGUCGGUAUAAGUUUAAUAAAGUUUUUUAUGAGCCUCCUGUACCUAAUGUACAACAUGUUCGAGCUGUUUAUAUUCUGUAAAUGGUGUGACGAGAUUAAGAUACAGAGUCAGAAUAUAGGCGAGGCAGCCUAUUCUUCUGGAUGGGAGCAGGGCAUAUCUCUGCGGCCAGGAGUUCGGUCGCGGCUACUUCUGGUUAUUGCUAGAGCACAGAAGCCGCUAGUGCUCAGCGCUGGUGGACUCUUUGAACUCUCACUGGAGUCUUACACAACUCUAGUGAAAACAUCAUACUCGGCGCUUACAGUUCUGAGAAGGUUUCAGACCGAGUAGAAAAUUUGUUUGUGGAUAUUUCCGAUGUUAUUUUC